AUGCAGGACAAGCAGCGGAGCGUCGACUCCGUUUCGGAGGCCGCCGCCGACGCCGCCCCCGUGUUCGCGAGGAGUGUCCGCCUGCUGACCCUGGGCGGGCUGUGGCUGCCCCCCGAGUCCGCCCCCGAGGCCGGGCGGCAGCUCUACGCCAAGUACAGCUUGUGCAUGGGCGUGUUCACCCUGGUGAACGUGCUGGGCGAGGCGGGCGGCAUGGUGUUCGUGGACGCGCCCAUGCCCGUGCGCGCCAACAACCUCAUCAGCACCUUGUGGCGGUUCCUCGCCCUCGCCAUCUUCCACCAGUCCCUCGCGCACGUCCGGUCCCUGCAGGCGCUUAGGGCCGAGGCCGAGCGAAUGGCGCGGAUGCGGCACGGCGACCACGGCUUCGGCGUCGUGGAGCACAAUGUGGCGGCUCUGCAGAAGCGCGCGCGGCUCGUCGUCAACCGCCUCGUCCUCGCGUACAUCUGCUGGUUCACCUACUCGUCGACCGGCGUGGUGACGACGCCCGCCGUGGACUGGAUGGCGUCCGGGGUGCGGCCCUCGCCCUUCAUGGCCAGCAAGUUCUGGCUGCUGAGCGAGCCCGACACCCCCGCCAAGGAGGUCGUCAUGGCCCUGUCGCAGGCCGUGAGCCAGUACACGUGCACCGUCAUCAACGUGGGCUACAUCACCUUCUGGGGGGGCCUCACCAUCUUCCUGUCGUUCCAAGCCAGGAUCCUCGGCGUGCUCGUGAGGUCCAUUCCGUUCCGCGCGUCCACCGCGGGUCCGACGUCCGAGAAGAUGGUGAAGAAGCGCUUGGUGCACUGCAUCACGCUCCAGCAAGACAUACUCAACGCGGCCGAGGAGGUGAACAACGCGGUGCGCGCCUUCAUCCUCAUCCUGUUCCUGGUGUCGCUGUGCUUCAUCGGCGUCAUGCUCUUCCUCAUAUCCGGCGCCGGCGGUGCGAACGGCGUCCUCAUGGCCACGCUCAUGAUCCUCAUCUGCACCAACUGCCUGGUCGGCAUCAGCACCUACAGCUCGGACCAGCUCCGCACGAUGAACGAGGAGGUGGUGCACGACGUGAUGGCCACGGACUGGAGCUCCGCGACGCCGGCCCUGCAGCGCCUGGUGUACAUCAUGUUGAUGCGCGCCACCAAGCCGCCGUCGCUGUGGUGCUGGCGGGCCUUCCGCGUCGGCCUGCCCACCUGGCUGCAGGUUACACAUUUACACAUUGUUCAUUUAAGUUUUCUAAAAAACAAACAAGAAUGUCCACAGCACACUUGUGAUUUUUCUUCUCCCUUUCACAUCUUGUGA